AUGUCGGGAAGGAUGGAGAAAUGGGCCCUACAUCUGAGUAGGUACGAUAUACAACAUGAGCCUAGAACCGCAAUCAAGUCACAAGCUCUAGCAGACUUUGUAGUAGAUUUCAGCCCAGCCCUUGAGGAAGAAGCACAGAAAGAAGUUUUGGCCUUACAAGAACCAAAGGCUACGCAGAAAUGGACACUCCAUACAGAUGAUGCAACAAACAUACGCGGCGUAGGCCUAGGAGUGGUACUGACAUCACCACAGAGAGACAAAUUAGCACGAGCAAUAAGAUGUAACUUCAAAGCCACCAACAAUGAGGCCGAGUAUGAAGCACUAAUCACAGGGUUAACUGUCGCAAGAGAUAUGAAAAUACAACAUCUAGAGGUAAUCUCAGAUUCCUUACUCAUGGUAAAUCAAAUCAAUGAGGAAUACGCAGCAAAGGACGCCAGGAUGAUAGCCUACCUAGAAGUCACAAGAAGGCUUAUUAAGGGGUUUAAGGAAUUCAAGAUAGACCAAGUACCCAGGAACUUAAACACUGAAGCAGACGCCCUGGCAAACUUGGGGUCAAAUAUUAACCCUGAAGAAUUCAGAGCAAUCCCCCUAGUACACGUACUUUCUCCAGCUAUAGAAAAGGAAGCAACUAUGAAUGUCCACGAAAUCCAAACAGACCCUGUAGGGGAGGAAGAGAGCAGUUGGACGAAACCUCUCAAAGAUUAUCUCCAGGACAAAAUAGUACCAGCAGGGAAAGUAGCAGCCUCAGCACUUGCCCUAAGGGCAUCAAAGUAUUGCCUAAUCAGCAACGUACUCUUCAAAAUGUCUGUAGCAGGUCCCUUCUUACGAUGCUUAGAAAAUGAAGAAGCGCAGCAGGUCCUACAGUCCCUACACAGUGGGAAAUGCGGAAACCAUUCAGGAGGAAGAAAUCUGGCCAACAGGGCACUCGGGAUGGGAUACUACUGGCCUAGCAUGCGAAAGGAAGCCGCAGAAUUUGCCAAGAAAUGCCUAGCAUGCCAGAAACACGCACCUUUAACACAUAAACCAUCUGAAGAGUUGCACCCCACAUUGACACCUUGGCCAUUCAUGAAGUGGGGAAUGGACAUUGUAAAAUUACCUCCAUCGUAA